AUGCAGCUCAAGAACCUCGCCCUCGCCGCCGGUGUCAGCGCCGUUGUCUCCGCUGCCCCUUCCACCCAGUCAAAGACCUUCGGUGUCGUUGCCAUCCACUCUGGCAGCGGUGUUCAAUACUCUGCUUUUAACGCCGCUAAGAGCAGCAUCUUCGCUGGUCUCUCUACCCAGGGUGCCAGCUGUGCUCGCCCCGAGGAGCAGCAGGCCACCUUCUACAUCAACGACGGUGCUCUGUACCUUUACGACCAGUCUGCCACUCCCCAGGAGAUUUACGUUGAUCGUUCAGGCAUGGGCCAAGGCAAGAUCGGAUACACCACUGGUGCUCAGCCCGCCCCAAAGAACGCCGAGCGCAAGGGCUGGGCUGAGAAGGAUGGCCACCUUCAGUUCGGAGGUAACGACCUGAUUGCCUGCCCCAACAGCAUUGACGGUGCCUGGAGUAUCUGGGCUUCUGCUGGUGUUGCCAACCCUGCUGGCAACACAGACUGUGUUGGCAUUGCCGCCCGCGUGGAGGAGACCUCCAACCCCAACGGCUGCAGCUACACCCAGUAA